AAAAAGGGUUGGAGGGAGAAGAUUGAGCUCAUAGUGGAGCCUCCAUCAUCAUACCCGACUGGUCAGUUCAACAGAUGCGGGAUAUCCUGGUUUCUUUGUGUAUUUUCUUGGUUUUAAUUGGAAAAAGUGACACGAAAUGGUUUGGAAAGUUUGGCAGAUCACAAGCGAAAGGACUUCCGGUGAUUCUCGUGCCUGGUGAUGGAGGCAGCCAGCUGGAAUCAAAUCUAACGGGUAAACCAUCAGUUGUGCAUUAUGUUUGCUCCAAGCAGACAGCCGAUUAUUUUGAUCUUUGGCUUAAUCUACAACUUUUCACACCUUUGGUUAUUGAUUGUUGGGCUGAUAACAUGCAAUUAGUGUUCAACACAACCACAGGAUUGUCUGAAAACAUGCCAGGAGUUGACAUUAGAGUUGCUGGAUUUGGAGCAACUGAAAGUGUUGAAUGGUUGGAUAAGAGUAAAGCAUCACAGGGAAGAUACUUCUUUGAUAUCGUUGAUUCGAUGGUUUCAUGGGGUUAUCGAAGAGGAAAAAAUGUCAUUGGAGCACCUUUUGAUUGGAGAAAAUCCCCAAAUGAAUUAAACGAUUAUCUCAUUCAACUGAAGUCCUUAAUUGAAACCACAUAUCGCUGGAAUGACAAUCAAAAGAUCGUACUCGUCGGUCACAGUAUGGGUAAUCCCCUUUCUUUGUAUUUCUUGAAUAAUUAUGUGGAUCAGGCUUGGAAAGACAAAUACAUAUCGAGUUUUGUUAGUUUGGCGGCUCCAUGGGCUGGAUCAAUGCAAAUUGUUCGAUUAUUUGCAUCUGGAUAUAAUAUGAAUUAUUAUAGAGUUAUUCUACCACCGAGUAGCUUGAGAGCAAUGCAAAGAUCAUUCUCCUCUUCGGCCUUUCUGUUUCCAAGUCCAGUUGCAUGGAAACCACAUGAAAUAUUAGCGACAACUGCUGACAAAAACUACACUGUUGGAAAUAUUAAAGAAUUCUUUCAAGACAUUAAUUACAUGGUUGGAUGGGAACAAUACAAACAGGCCGCCCGUCUGAAUGGAAAUUUAAGUUCUCCAGGAGUUCCAGUUCAUUGUAUUUAUGGAACAGGAGUCCCCACACCGGAAAAGUUUUCAUGGGCUCCCGGAUACUUUCCAGAUUAUCCACCAACUGAAUUCAUGGGUGAUGGAGACGGGACAGUGAACAAAAAAUCAGCUACAGUGUGCACUAAUUGGAUUGGAAAUAAUAAUGGUUAUAAGGUUACUGUACACGAAGUAUUUCAAGCUGAUCACAUGGCAAUUCUUAAACAUCCAAAUGCAAUUGAACUUGUCCGAAAAGCCAUUUUCCAGUUAAUUUGAGUGAUGCAAAAAGGGUUCUGAAUUUUAAAAUUUUGUUUGUUUUGAUCAAGGUGAAUGAAUUAUGUUUGUAUCACAUUUUUUCCCGUUGUUG